AUGGAAGUUUAUUUGCCCCUGAACGGGGAGUCGGAAGGCGAUGUCCACAACUUGUCGACAACUUCCAGUUUCGAGAUCCACUCCUGUCAGCACUCGGCGAGAUAUUGCUCCCUGAACGACGUGUUCAGAUGCAUUCCCAGGCUGUUUUACGUACAAGAUUUCUACCUGGCCUGCUCAAAGUUGGCUUUCACCUAUUCCCGCAUCUGGACGUCUGUCGUCCUCUAUAUUGAACGCACGCAUCUCCGUGUCAUUCCCAUGUGUUUACUCAACUGGACAACGACUUAUCUACCUGCCGAACCCCGACUUCAAUCCAUCAAAUCACCUUUGUGGUCAGGUCAACACCAGGACUACCUGAUUGGGUAA